CCUUUAGCAAUUUUCAUCAUACUCUACACAUUUCACAUCUUUAAUUCACUCCGUUUCAGCCUCCAAAUAUGGCAGAGAAUGAAGAAGCCCACUUAAACAGGGCCUACUACGGCCCCUCAGUCCCGGCCAGCAAAUCUUACCACCGCCGGAGCCGCGGCAGUGGCCCCCUCGGCUGCUGCUGCAGCUGCAUUUUCAGCCUGGUAUUCAAGAUCAUCUUCGCAGCUGUAGUCUUUAUGGGUCUAGCCUUCCUCGUCUUCUGGCUCAUAGUUCGCCCCACCAAAGUCAAGUUUCACGUCACCGACGCCACGCUCACCCAGUUCAACUUCUCCGCCGAUAGCAACCUGCACUACAACCUCGCCCUCAACCUCACCAUCCGAAACCCCAACAAGAAGAUCGGUGUCUACUAUGAUCGCAUCGAAGCUAGAGCUCUUUACGAGGGACAGAGGCUCAAUACGGUUACUCUCACGCCAUUUUACCAAGGCCAUAAAACUACAAACGUAUUUAACCCGGUGUUCAAGGGUCAGCAAUUGAUUGUUGGAUCCGACUUGCUUGAGGAGUUUAACGAACAGAAGAGUGCAGGGGUUUACGAGAUAGAGAUGAAGCUUUAUCUGAGGAUUCGGUUCAAGUUGGGUGGAAUCAAGACCGGAAAGUUUAAGCCUAGAAUUGAAUGCGACUUGAAGGUUCCUUUGAGCCAGAAUGGGACUUCAGUUGGUACUUUUCAGACUGAGAAGUGUUCAGUUGAUUACUUUAAUUAUUGAUAAGUCCAUGGCAGAUCGGAGCAGAGAGCUCAUAAUGCUUUGAUACUUCAUUCUUGUUCUUUCACUUUGAGCUCAUAAGUUCAUGACCUGUACUUAUGACUCCGGUAUUCCAUAAUAGUAAUUUUCUAUUCUUUGUAAUCGGUUAAUUUGCAUGUCUUAUUAUUUUUGUCCUCCCUGAUCAUGAUUUGUCUACAGUAGAGCGUCCACUAUUCACGCUAUU